AUUUGAAUUAGAAUUUAAUGGAUAACUCAAGCAGUAAUAGAAAAUGUUAAGUACAUAAUGAAAGUGUGAUAGCUACAAGUCUUAAUUCUUCAUCUGAUGAACAGAAUAGAUAUUUUUGUAGCAAAUGCCUUGUGUUAAAGAUCAACGAUAAGUCUCUACAUACUAAUCCUGAUGCAUAAUAGAGAAUAGAUUUGAUGAAGUCUGAGUUUGAAAAAAAAACAAAAAAUUUGACGAACUAAAAUAAAGAUGUUCUAAAAUAAUUUUCUUAGAACAUUUUAACAUUCAAAGGAUUUCUUGAUCAAAUUUUAAAUGAAAUAAACAGUUCCAUACUAAAUGAGAUAAGCAGAUUGGAGAAUCUUUAAGAAUAAAUAGAGGAAAGUAUCAGAACUAUUGAUAUAUAUAAUUUUGAUAAAAUCGAAGCAGCACAAAGAUUACUUGAUUAGCAAUUUUCUAAAUUUCGUACCUCUAUUCAUUAAUAAAUAAGUAAAUUGGAAGAAAAUUUAAAAUUUGAAUAAUAUUUAAAGUAUUUAGAAGAACUAAAAGAUGAAGUACAGAUAUUGAUUUGGUAGAAAACAGAAUAGGAAACAUAAGAUGAAAAUUAAAUUGUAUUCUAUCCAUAAAAAAUUCUUAGGCAACCCCUGGAUUGAAGAUCUUUUGUUAAAAGCAUAAGACUGAAAUUAUUGCAUUCGAUUUGAAUCCUUAAAGAGCUAAAGAGAAUAGAUUAGCAUGUAUUUAUUGUAUUGAAUAAAAUACUAUUCCAUAUUCAUCUUUGAUUAGAGUAAUAGAAAAAUGGAAGAAGUAUGAAGAACUUAAAAAAUCCAAAUUAUUAUCAAUUUAAUAGAAACAUUAAGAUAAUAAAUAGGUCAUCAUUUAGUAAUUGGCUCUAAUACAUAAUGCUAGUCAAUAGAAAAAUGAAGAAUUGACUAAGAGUCUUAAAGAAUUUUGUUAUUUUAUUGAUGGAUCUGUAAAUAAAUUAAUAGGUUAAAUGGGGAGAAAUUGGUCUACUUAAACUUAAAAGGAAAUUCUGGAUAAUGUUGAUAUAUUAAGCAAAUCAAUUUAAAAUGAUGAAGUCAUUUUAAAUGAGGAUAACUAUUAUUAAAAAGAAGAAACUUAAAUUAACAGAUCAAUUUUAGAUUCCAUUGAGAAAAUUAAAGAAACCUGUUUGUAAUGUUGUUAAAGAAUUCAAAAUACUGUAAAAGUGUCUCUAAGGGAAACUUUAACCACAUAAUAAUGAUUUGACUAUCUUUAUUGUGAAC